GCUCGUGUUGUUGGCCGUCUGUUUCAGUGGCUUGGUGUAUUCAUACCGAGUGCCUCUUCUCCACUUUCCUUCCCAACGUUACUUUCUCCUUUCCCAACUUGCAUCCUCCCAUUCCCUUUUCCGCCAUUCUUCCAUCGCCAUCUGCAUCCCAAGAUGCACGAAAUCAUACAGCGAGUGAACGGCUAUGAUAAUAAUGCCUACACAUAUUACCCUGUCAUCAUUGUAGGCGCUGGGGCCUCGGGCAUUGCGAUGGCCUGUCAACUGAAGGAACAGCUCGGGUUCGAUCAAUUCAGGAUUUUCGAGAGACAAGCGGGCAUCGGUGGCACCUGGUGGAUCAACCGGUACCCUGGCGUUGCAUGUGACGUCCCUGCCGCUUUCUAUAGCUUUAGCUUCGCCCAAAACCCUGAUUGGACGGCUCUUUAUCCGCCUGGCCGCGAGAUCGUGCAGUACUACCAUGAUGUGUGCCGAAAAUACGAAAUCACAGACAAGUUUGAACUGAACACCGAUGUCGAACAGUGCACUUGGCUGGAGAAAGAACAGCAGUGGGAAGUCAGGCUUCGUCGCAUGGUGGCUGGCAUGGGCGACCUGUCGGCCAAAGAUCGCAUGAAGAUUGUCCAAGAGAGGGGAGAAGCAGCCGUUUACUCGGAAACUGAAGUGGUGAGGGCAAGAGCCGUGGUCAGCUGUGUAGGAGGGCUAGUCGAGCCAAAGGGUUGGCCGAGCGAUAUUCCAGGCAUCGAAAAGUUCAAGGGAUCCAUGUUUCACUCUGCUCGAUGGGAUGAGAGCGUCGACUUUACGGACAAGAAUGUGGUGGUCGUUGGAACAGGGUGCAGCUCCGCUCAACUCGUCCCGAGACUACCUGAGGCGCCGUAUAAUGCCAAAUCUGUCACACAGCUUAUGCGAUCACCACCGUGGGUAUGCCCAUCGACCGUCCCACCUGGCGGAGAUGAGUGGUGGGAGAAGAACGGACCUACGUUGAUGAGGAGUGUACCCGGCUUGCUUCAACUCAUGCGAUUUAGCAUUUUUGUUGUUGCGGAAUCUGUGUUCUUUAAAUUGUUCCCAAACACUCCGUAUGCGGAUAAGCAGCGGAAGUUACUGGAAAAGCAGAUGCUGCAGCGAAUGACCAAAAUCGUACCGAAGAAGUAUCACGAGAUACUGACACCAGAUUAUGGGAUAGGCUGUAAACGAAGAAUCUUUGACAAGAGAUGGUUCAAGAGUUUGAACGAUCCCAAGAUUGAACUUACCACACAACCUCUCUCACGAGUCAGCGAGAACAGUGUCAUCCUCGGACCUGGCGUAGUAUAUCCACCAAACUCUAACCCCGAUCUCCCUGAAAGAGAAGUCCCAGCUGAUGUUAUUGUGCUCGCAAACGGAUUUGAUGUUACAAGAUGGUUGCAUCCACUAAAAGUUGCUGGUCAGGGCGGAAAAGACCUCGUGAAGACGAUGGAGGAGCGUGGUGGAGCGCAAGCCUACCUGGGAACUGCUAUGGAUGGAUUCCCCAACUUUUUCAUGAUAUUUGGUCCGAACACGGUCACAGGACACUCGUCGGUUGUCAUGGCUUCGGAAAAUAUGGUCAACCACAGUUUGAAUUUCAUCAAGCUACUGCUCAACGGCGACGCGUCUUCGGUCGAUGUCAAGCACGAAGCCGAGGUUGCUUUCACAGACGAGAUACAGAAAGCGCUGAAGAAUACAGUGUACAUGAGCGGCGGCUGCAGCAGCUGGUACAAGACGGAGAAUGGAGAAUGGAACUCGACGGGCUACCCGUAUUCCCAAAUCGAUUUCUGGCGCCGGUGCACGUUCCCCUCGUGGGGCCAUUGGAACAUCACAUACACUAGGCAAGGGAUCACGCGUAUGCGCAAACAGAAAGCCCUGCGUGUGCUCAGUUUAAUCCUAGCAUUGUAUGGUGUUUAUCGUGCUCGCAAGAACGGCUACGGGCCGCAAGACGCUAUGGUGUAUCUGCGGCAACUGGGGACAGGCAUGCGAAACUACUUGAGGCUCAUGUCCUCUUUUCUGCGGAGUCAAGCCGUCUCGACGGUCAAGACAUAG